AUGGAUAAACUAUUUAAAAUAAAUGAUGAAGUCAUAAUUGAUUUAAACAAUUAUCAUGAUAAAAUAGAUGAAACAGAAGAUUUAAACAUUUUUGAAACAAAUAAUGAAGACGAAGUAGCUUAUAAUAUAAAUCAUGAUAAAGAUUUUGAAAAAAUAGAAAUAAAAAAAUAUGUAAAUAUUUUUGUUGAUUUAUUAAAAGAUAAAAAUAUAAAAUGUGUCAAUUUUAUGAAUUUAAUUAACAAUAUUGAAAUCAUUAAAAUUUUUCAAGCUAUUAACAAUUCAUAUAUGAAAAAUGAAGAAUAUCAUUCAACAAGAUUGAUGAUGCUAAUAUUUUUAAAGAAUUAUAUAUUUGGUUAUGUGAACACCUAUAUAUGUAACAUUAUAAAAAGUUACGAAAAAAAUAAAUAUAAAAAAGAAAUAAACAAUAUUAAUAAUUUAAUAUAUAGUAAAAAUGAUGAAAACUUAAAUGAUGAUAUAUGGAAUAAUGAUGAAGAAAUAGAAAAGAAUAACUCGGAAAAUAAGCAAAAUAAAUUCCUAUUGAUUCCAUUUUUAAGUAAAAAUAUUAUAGAAAAUUCUAAGUUAUUAGAAAGCUCAGAUAAUAAUUCAAAUAAUAUUAAAGAAGAAGAAUGGAUUUAUAUAAAAGAAAAUAUUUUAAAAUUAAUUAAAAAUUCUUGUAUAAUAAAUGAUAGAAAAUCUGAUAAUCCUACUAAUUUUAUUAAUUUGAUUAAUGAGAAUAUGUAUAAAAAUUUUAAAAAAUAUAAUAGUAUAAUUGAAAUGAAGAAAUUCAAUAUAUGUUUAUUUUUUAUUGAUAUUUUUUUUAGCAUUUUCCUAGUAGAUUAUCCUUAUAAUUGGAAUAAUUUAAUUGGAAAUAUAUUUGAUACAUUUAAUUUUAUUUCUAUAAUUAAAAAUGAUGAUUUUACAAAUAUAAUUAAUACAGACUACCACUCAACUAUGAAUUAUAUUAUGCAUUUAAUUAGAUAUAAUGAUUCUUUUAAUUUAACCAAAGAAAUAGGAAAUAAUAAUAUUACAGAUAACUAUAUUAUGGUGAUACAUUUUCAAAAAUUCUAUUCUUUAAUAGCUCUAAUGAGCAAAAUUUUAAAAAAAUAUAUUCCUCAUAUUCAAAAUUCAGAUUACUAUUCUAUUUUAUAUCAUAAUUAUUAUAUUUCUCAUAUAAACAAUAGUAAUAAAGAUUUAUUAGAAACAAAAAAUUAUAGUAAUUUAAAAAUACCAUGUGAAAAUUUAUUAUAUGGAUAUAGGGAAAUAAUGAAAAUAUUUUUUCCUUUUUUUAAUAGAUUACUAUGUUAUUUAUUAAAUUAUACUAACAAUAUUUAUAUUAUAUUUAUAAUUAAAAAAAUAAUAAAAUUUUUAUAUAAAACUUUAUUAUGCCACUUCACUAUGUUACCAGAAGAAGUAGAAAAUGAACAUGAAAUAUUGUUCACUAAUAUAAUGAAAAUAAUAGAUAUCAAUUUGAAUGAAUAUAUAAAUAAUUUAUAUUUUAUAAAUAUAAAUAUGUCUAAUAAGCCUAACAUAUCUGUUUCUAAGAUAACUGAAGAAUGUUCUUAUGAGAAUUUAAGUGAAUUUAUUCAUAAUGAAAAAAAUGAUUUAGAUAAGUUAUUUUUAAUAAUUUUGUUGAAAACUAAAAAAUGGUGUUUAAAAAUUUUAAAUGUAUUUUUAUAUAGAUCUCUUCACUUUGAAGAUAUGAAUGAAACAUGGAAAAUAUUUUUGAAGCAUUUUGAAAAUAAACAUAUUAUAUUUUUAGAAAAAAUAUCCUUUUUAAUAUUAAAAAUAAUUAUAAAUACUACAUAUGAAGAAGAAGAAAGAAAUAACACUCAUAAAUUAUUUAGUUAUAUAAAAUAUAUAAUUGAUUUUACUGAUUAUUUAAAAUUUGCUGAUAAAUGCUUAUCUCUUUCAUUAAAUUAUUUAUGUAUGAUUGUUUCAUUAGAUCAUUUAAAAGUUUUUGUAAAACAAAAUAUUAUGAGUGAAAUUUUUAUGAGUUCACUUUUUAUUCAUAUUAAUAGUAGCUCACACAUAGAAUGCAUAGAUAAUUUUUUUACUAACAACAUAGAUGUAAAGGAAGAAGCUGCUUUAUUUGAAAAUUUAAAUUUUGAAAGAUAUAUUUUAUGUUUUGGAAGAAAUUCUAUAUACAUUAAAUAUUUAUUAAAUGAAUACCAUGAUACAAUAUCAAAAAGUGUAUUGAAGAAAUAUGUUAAUUAUAUAAUAUUUUUAUUUUGUGAAUUAUUAGAAAAAUAUUUUUAUGAUAUUAUAUUUUAUUUAGAUAAAAAUAUAAAAGAUAAUUUAAAAAAAUUUUUAACAAUUCAGAAUGAAUAUAUGAACUUGUUAUAUCCUGAAAUUUUUUUAAAUAAAGAAUUAGAUUUUUCAAAAGACAAUAUAGAAAUUAACAAUUAUAAGAAAAACAGUUUUAUAUUUAACUCAGAAAUAUGUAUGAAAACGGGGAAUUAUAGUAUUUCUAUAAGUAAUAUAAUUGAUUACAUUUCAGUAAUAAUAAAAAAUCAUAUGGAGGAAAAUGGAAUUGAUGAUGUAUAUGAUUUUACAUCCUUUAAUAAAUUAAACAAUGAUAUAUUUAAUAAUUUGAUCUUUAUUAUUAAAAAUUUACCAUUAUAUAAAUACUCUCAAGAAGAAUUAAUUUUUAAAGAUUUAUAUAGCAAACAUAAUGAAUAUAAUUUAAAUUUCAGUUUUCUUAUUAUAAAUGAUGUAAAUUUAUACAAGUUUUUCUCUCUAUUUAUGUUUUUAACUUAUUAUAAAUAUAUAUUUAUUAAAAAAAAUUUAGAAAAAAUAAUAACAGAAGAAACACUUGAAAAUAAGAAUGAGGAAUAUAUAAAAGGUGUAGAUAAAGAGGAUAUAAUAAUUGAUGAUUACAUUGAAGAAUAUUAUAAAAAUAUAGAUAGUUAUACAUAUUAUUUUAAUAAUGAUGAUAAUGAAAAGAGAAAAUUUGAAUGCAUUAUUAAUGAUUUUAAAAUAAACGAUAAGUCCUUUUUUCUUAAAUAUAUUCUAAUAAAUAUAUAUCACCCAUAUUCAAAUAACUUAAAGAGAAAGGUUAUGUGGAUGUUAAGAGAGUAUAUUAAUAUAACACAGUUCAGUGAUAAUAUUAUACAAUUUUUUUUUUAUAGUUCUUUUAUUAAUUUAUUUUAUUUUGAAAAGCAUUUAAAAUUUCAAUCGUUUGAUACCCUCAUUAAUUUAAUGCAUAAAUUUGGUAUUCCAAGCAAAAUUUUAUACAAUGACUUUAGAGAGAUUUUAGUAUUUUUAUUUUUUCAGUUAUUAAUUUUAUAUAUAAAAAAAGAGUCUAAUUCAAAUGAUAAUGAAUUUUUUGAAGAAAAUAUAAAUGUGAUUCUGAGUGAAAAUUAUGAAAAAAUUAAUUUUUUAAAAAGCUUUAGAGAGAAUGUUGAUUAUGAUUUUAGAUGUGAUAGCAAGGAUUUAAAUAAGAAUUAUAUAUUUUUCCAAAUAAAUUCAUUUACUGAUAAUUUUAUUAAUGAUGUAAUAUCAAACAAUUUGCAUUUUUAUUUAGAAAAAAUAGAGGAAAACAAUUUAAACAAAUUUUUGAAAUUUAUAUCUCUGUUUUUUCAAAAUGAGAUUAAUAAUAAUAUAUUUUUAUAUAUUAAUUUACUCAAUGAAUCUCUAUUAGAUAUUGCUUCGUAUAUGUCAAGGAAAGAUAAGGAAUAUUUUUUUUUGAGAACGUUAAAAUUUUUCUCUUUUUUUUUAGAACAUUAUAAAAAUGCAUGUAGCACUCAGGAUAUGCUAAUAAUAAGUAUUUUACAAAAUGAAAAUUUCAUAUUUUACUUUAAAAGUGUAGUUAAAGAAAAAAAUACUGAUUUGAGAGAAGAAAUAUUAAAUGAAGUUUUUUAUAUCUUAUAUAUUUUUACAAAAAAUUCUUUGUCUAAUUAUAAAGUUUUUUGGUUUUAUUUUCUUUAUUCUUUAGAAUGCAUUUCUAAUAAAUUACACUUUUUUCAUUUGGAGGAGAUAGAUAAAUUAGAACAAAUUCCAAUUAUGCCUAUAUAUGUGUUUCAAUUUUUUAAUAAUUUAAUUAAGAGAGAUAUUUUUUAUAUAUUUUUUUCUUCUGCAGAUCAACAACCUUUUACUGAAAAUAAUUUAAAUAUAACAAUUAUGGAAAUUUUAAGAAAAAUCAGUUUAUUACUAAUUACUUUAUCUGAUGAAAACUUAAAUGAACAAAAUUUUUGUCAUAAUAAUACAUUACAUAUAUGUGGUUUAUAUUUAUAUAAUAAUAUAUUAUCAUAUCUUAUAAUGUUUUUAAUAAAAAAUAAUAUUUUCUUUACAUAUUCAUUAUGGAAAAAAUUAACGAAAGCUUAUGAAUUGAUUCAAGAUGACAAUGAAUUAAGUGAUAUUGAUGAUGUUGUUUCAAAUUAUUCAUUCGAAACAUUUGAUGAAGCAAAUAAAAUUAAUAAAACAUAUAAUAGUAGCAAAUCUUAUUCUUUUGACGAGAAAUGCGUUAAUGAAAAUAAUGAAGAGAAUGUAAAUAAUUUUCAGUGUAAUAAUAAUAGUAAAUUAAAUUACUCUAAAAAAAAUGAAAGAAAUAAUUCUGAUGAUUUUGAAUAUGAACAAAAUGACCUAAAUAAUUCUAUAAAUGAAAAUUAUGAAAAAUUAAAACAAGAUGUACUAUUUUAUUGUGGAAUAAAAAACUAUUUUCUAAAUAAAAAGAAUUCAAAAAAAAAAAAUAAAAAAAAAAAUAAAUUAAAUUGUAGUAAUGUUGAUAAUCAUUUUGUAGAUAAUAAUAAUUUUGUUGAUAAUAAUAAUUUUGUUGAUAAUAAUAAUUUUGUUGAUAAUAAUAAUUUUGUUGAUAAUAAUAAUUGUCAAAAUAAACAAAUUAUGAAAUUAUUGAAUACAAUUUAUUUUAAUAUUUUUCUUUUAAAAGAUAAAAAAGAAGAACACAUUAAAAAACUACUAAAAACAUUAAAGUAUAUAAAUAACAAUAUAAUCUUAAAUAGCUCGCAGAAUUAUUAUAAUAUAUUUAUAAUGCUAUUAAUGCUUCAAAAUAAAAGAUAUAUUUAUCAAUCGUUGGCUAUGUAUAUAUAUAUAGAUAUAAAGAAUUUUUUUGAUAUAUUACUUGAAGAAAAUGUUUUUGUGUCUAUUAUUGAUGAAUGGUUAAAUGAUAUAUUUUAUAUAUAUCAAAAUUCUGAUGAUUUGAAAUACUUUAUUUUUGCUUUUUCAAAUAUAUUAAUAUAUUUUUGUUUGUAUCACAAAAGAAAAAAUACCUUUAGCAACGGAGAUAAUAAUGAAAAAAUAAAAGAAUUAUCCUUUUUAAAAACAGAUAGUAUUAAUAAUUUUGAUGAUAUUUUAAAAGAUAUACAUAUAGAAUAUUUCAAUGAAUAUGUUAUAGAAAAACUAAAGGAAAGAUUAGACAAAAUUAUUAAUGUUCUAAUUAACGUUAUUUUAAUUUUACCUAUACCAUAUGAGGAAAACAUUAAGGUUGUUAAUAAAAACUUGUUACGUAGAUUGGCACCUAUAUGUGGUGAAUUUGAAAAUAUAAAAGAUGAUAAUUUAUUUAAACUUAAUAGUGGAAGUAAUUUGAAUGAUAGUAAAAAUUAUUUAAAAGAAAUUCAAUUUGAAGAUCUAAUGCAAAAUAUUGAAUUUAUGCAUUUAAAUAAUUAUGAACAAAAAUUUUAUGAAAGAAAAAAAAAUACAUCUUUAAAAAUUCCUUAUAGUAAUGUUGUUCAUAUUAAUAAAAUGGAAGAUUUACAACUUCACGAAAAAAAAAUAUCUGUAAAUUAUUAUUUUCAGAAUAAUAUUAAUAAUGAUUUUAUUAAUAAUUUAAUAUCUGAAUGUAAUUGUGAGUAUUUUAAAAUUUCUUUUUAUGUAAAAAAAGCUUUUUCACUAUUAACUCAAGAUAUUUUUACAAAUGAUGCCUUAAUUAAUAUAAUUGGAUGUUCAGAUAAAUAUUACAACUUUAUAAAUAUAAUUCGUUUAGAUAUAUAA